UAGUAUAAACAGCUCUGCACUAAUUUAGGCAACCAUGCGUAUUGAAAAGUGUUAUUUUUGUUCGGGACCCAUCUACCCCGGGCAUGGCAUGAUGUUUGUGCGUAACGACUGUAAGGUUUUCAGGUUCUGUAAAUCAAAAUGCCACAAAAACUUUAAGAAGAAACGCAAUCCAAGAAAGGUCAGAUGGAAGAAGGCCUUCAAAAAAGCAGCUGGUAAAGAAUUGACAGUGGAUAACUCAUUUGAGUUUGAAAAACGAAGGAACAUACCAGUCAAAUAUAACAGAGAAUUAUGGAGCCAGACAGUCACUGCUAUGAAGAGGGUGGAGGAGAUCAAACAGAAACACCAAGCAAGAUUCAUCAUGAACAGGUUGAAGAAGGGCAAACAGCUGCAGAAGGAGCAAGAUGUCAAAGAAGUCAAACAGAAUAUUCACCUUAUCCGGGCUCCGCAUGCAGGUACCUCGAAGAAACUGGAAGAGAAAAUGGUGCAGAAGUUGCACGAAGAUGUGGAGACGGGAGUAGAUGCUGUGUGACACUGUUGGACUUUAUUUAUAACCAGUGGACUAGAGCAUUAGACAGUGUACUUGAAGAAUUGGUUGGCAGGUUGCUGAGAUCUAUGUUUUCAUUUUUGUGAAACAAACCUGCCCGACUAGGACUUCUGCUGUUUCUGGUCAACAUGCUUGUGAAGCUUGGCAGUCUUUACAAACCGCAUAUUCCAUUUGAGUCUGCUGUUGAGCUGAAUUUUUUUUUAUCAUAAAAAUACUUCCAUUGGAUGCAGCAUUGCCUAUUUUUGUG